CACCUAAUCCAUGCCCUCUAUUUUUCUGUCACUCGUCUCCUAUAAAGUUUAUCCUCGCCUCGAAUUCUCCUCCAAUCCUUUCACCCUGUCGGACCACUCUCCAAGUCAAACCCUAAUUCAUGGCUGCCUCCCAGCCCUUUGACGGCGUCUAUUGCCACAGAUCCGUCUCGAAUUGCGCUUCCACCGGACCCUAUUCAAGAACCGCCUCCAUCUAUGCUGUCCUUCACCCUGCCGCUCCAUACGACCCCUUAACGAAUCUUCCCUUUUCUAGAAGGCAACGAGAUCAUACAUUUUCAGACUUCUAUGCCGCUUCAGGUGAUCAGCCCCCGACAAAGAAAAGGAGGAUCAUGCCCGACGGACUCGUGUGGGACGCCGGCGCGGACGGUAAUACGGUGUUCUCUAGUUGCUGGUCCCUCAUACAGUCACCGAGGCGAGAAGAAGAAAACACGCGACGCCGUGCCCUGAGCUAUGCGCAGCCCCACGAGCGAUGGGAAUCCGUGCGUUCGGAAGCGGAGGACGCACUGCUUGUUACCAGGAGCGAGAUCGAGAUGUGCUCCCCUUCAAGGAAGGACGGCAUCGAUUGCCUGCUUGAAACACAGUUGCGGUACUCCUACUGCUCGUACCUCCAGCAUCUUGGAUUCAGGCUCGACCUGCCACAAACUACAAUUGGUGCAGCGAUGGUCCUUGGCCACCGGUUCUUUUUCCGGAGAUCUUAUGCCUGCAAUGAUAGAUUUUUGAUUGCCACAGCAGCUUUGUUCCUGGCAACUAAGUCUGAGGAUACACCAUGCUUAUUGAAUUCAGUGCUCAGGUCAUCGUGUGAAGUUUCAGAACUUCUCAGAAUUCCUUAUUAUCCAUAUCUACAUCAUAAGGAUUGGUUUGAACAUUAUCGUGAACAAAUUAUUGAGACUGAGCAAAAGAUACUGACUACUCUGGAUUUUGAAAUCGAAGUGGAGCAUCCUUACGCUCCUCUGGCUUCUGUUCUUGGGAAACUUGGACUCUCACAAUCUGUGCUUCAUAAUGUGGCUUGGAGUUUAGUUAGCAAAAGAGUAGGUUGUUUGCAAUGUCUUGACAUCUGAAAAUGUUGCUUCUUCUAGUAAAGGUACAUUUUUAUACAGGUGAAAUAAUUCCUAUCCUAGUUCCGAGAUGUCUAAUUUUCUAGUUCAAGGAAAACACGGUCAUCUCCAGGUGUGUUCAGGAUUGAGGUUGAUUGCUAACUAAAGUUUUCUAUAGAUAUCUGGGUUGGCUUUCAACAACUGCAUGGUGAUCUGCAGUUAAUUUCCAAAGUGAUAUCUUGCCUGCAAACAUUAGUCUGGCCCUUCUUACAGAUACAUAAGGACUGUCGGUUAAGUUAAUUUAUGGACUUAUUGUUUUAUCUAAAAGAGGUAACCAUUCCUUCAGUGUAUUCAUGUUUCUUGGACAUGUAUUGACUAUCCAAAAGGAGCAUACGCAUCUAUAUAUUUUUGCAUAAUGCAGGAAACCUGAUUAGUUCAUCUUUGAUAUACACUGUAAGCAGAAGCUACAAGCAUCAAGGAGAGAAUUGUUCUCUUCUUUGUUUCCCAAAUUUAUACUAUCCUGAUUGAAUAAUGGAUUAUGGGAGGGGGAUACUGGAGUAUUCCUGGUUACGGGAAUUGG